UCUAACCUGACUCGUAGAACAAAAGCAAAGAAAUAUCCACCAAAUGUCAUCUUAGAAGAAUAAAUUUUGCUCAAUAAAAUACCACCAGCAUCAUCUUCAAUCGGUCCACCACUUCCCAAAGAUGUCUUUGACGUUUCAACAAAUAAUCUGCGAUGCGAAGAAGCUCGUGGGAAGGAUCUCGGACCACGAGAACACAGCGGACAACCUCAUAACCGAGAUCCAGUCUGUGUGCAAUCAAAUCGACAAUAUGAAGCAGUACCAGGAGGAGAUUGACAUAUUGAACACAGAAGCCAAGCAACGGCCCCACCAGGAGCUGAUAUCCAGUAUCCAACAGGAGACGAGACACUUGAGAGAGAUUCAGGCUGAGAAUAAAGAGCUCAAAACUGCCCUCGAGGACUACCAGAAGGCCCUGGAGCUGAUAAUGUCCAAGUAUCGUCAGCAAACAUCAGCCCUCAUGAAGAACUGCAAGACAAACUUUUCAUCCCUCUACAAUGCCAAAUAUGCGAAUAUAAUCACCAGCCAGGCCGAGAAGAUCAACGAGAUGGCGGCUGUCAUGAGGGUGGCAGCUUCAGUGGAUGAGGAGAGUGAACUCAAGUACAAGGAGACAUUCACAAGACUCCAAAAGGAGAAUAUGGAACUUCGUGAGAUCCUCAAUAUUGCCAAUACACGGGGUUCACUGAAUCUGGGUCCUCCACACGACCACAAAACUGUCCAGACGGAGCCUGAAUAAAGUGCCAAUGUCACUGGAGGUUUUUUCUCUAUUCGCAAUUCCCCGGGGUGUGCGGACGAAAAAAAUUUUGUUGAAAAAACUAGUGCAUUCGCUGGAAAAUAAUAGUGGGCAUUCUGUUAAUUUCGCAGCUUAUCUACCAGGUUUUUUUAGGUAGAAAGUGUCCGAUGGAAAAUACUUUAUGAAAAAAAAUCACGAGAUUGCGAUCUUACUAUGCAAUUUCUAUUUAAAUCUUCUGUGAAGAAAUCUAAAAAUAAGUAUAACUUUUCUUCACUGCCCUUUUUCUGCUUUUUCACUAAAAUGUCUAGAUUAAAAAAUUGGAGUAUUUAGAAUUAGGAUAAAUUGUAUAGAAAGAUUGAAUUCUAUUCAAUUCAUUUUUUAUAGGACAUUUCUAUUAAAAAAACUCGUGGAGAAAGUGAAAUUUUUCAAUAGAAAUCUUCUAGAAUCUUCUAGCGAAUGCACUAAGCUUCCCUAUAAAAUUAUUUCAUUCGUGAACUCGUCGUUUUUUUAUCAUGUAUCGUAGAUCUUCAUUCGUACUCUCGUAAUUAACUUGAUUUUUUAAUACUAAUUUGUUAAACUUGGGUGCAUUAAUCAUGAAGAAUUGUUUAUUCGUAAAAAUGUUACAUGCGUAGUAAAAUAGUUUUGUAUUUUUUUUUAAUUCGUCGUAGGAAUUAUUUUUAAAAACACUUUGCACUUGGCAGUCGAAAGAACUUUGAAAGAGCAUUCAGCUGUCUUUUUUUCUGUUAAAAAUUUGUUACUAAGGAAUUUGCACUUCGAAGUGAUUUGGAAAUCUUCACUGUACGGAGAGCAGUCAGUCGUUAAUUUUCCUUCGUGUUAAAAAAAUAUCAUCGAUGGUGCCUUCAGGUAUCCUCGAUUAAUUCGUUGGCAAUGUACCACACGCUCUGGAAGAAACGAAAUAAACACAUUUUUUAGUAUAAAAAAUUGUUGGUUGAUUUUAUGUCUCGAAUUUCAUUCUUUCAUUCAUGAUUAAAGUUAAUUUGAAUUAAUUUUUCAUUUAUGCUUGCCAUUGAUUUUGAGUACGACGUGGAAGAAUUGUGUGUUCAUCACCUUCAAUGAGUUUACUGUGAACUUCACUGAGUGCCUGGAAACAUUGAGAGAAUGCAAUUAAAAAUUAAAAGAAUAGAGCAAAUCAAUCUUUUACGUUUUGUU